AUGGCAUCUUCCGACCAGCGCAAACGGCCGGAGGCUAUGGCUCACGUAACUGGCAAGAAACGCAAACGCAUUGCAGAGACGAGCUCAAAGGCGUCGAGUUCAGAAACUGAUGACGCUUCUGUUUUGUCGGACGCCGACCCUGAGGCCUACGGGACACCAUCCUCUUUACCCAAUUUGGCCAAUCCAGGUCCUAGCCGAUCAACUGGGUUCGUUCGCGGCGCCACCCCAAUCCUCACCACACCGCAAGCAACCUUGCUGCAGGGAAAAAAACAAUACAUCGAAAGGACAGCCUACAUAGCUCAGCUUGAGCGCAAGCUCAAGUGGAUAACUGACACAUUGGAAGAGGAGAAAUGCUCCCCGUCUUUUUUUGAUGCCCUUCAGGAAAGCGGGCGCCUAGCCGAAGUGGAUCUUAUGAAACUCGCCAACGGAACCUUUCAAAACAACCUGAAGUCGUUGUUCCACGUUACUGGCCUUCUUCCCCCCCUCAAAAAGCCUAUCUUCGACCCAAGCAUCGAAGAAAUCCACCAAAAUGCGUCGUCUCAAGAUGCAACCCAAGCUACAUCCCGGACCUCGCCGCAGGCCAAGAAGCGCAAGGCCAACCCCGCACCCCCGCGUCCUCAACUCGACCGUGCCGCCAAGGGCAAAGCCAUUGACGAGGGCUCCUCUGCCGGCUCAACAUCAACCCCACGUGCCAAACGCCGACCUCCCCGCACGCCUAGUCAAACUACCUCGGCCCAAGCACUUGGCGACGGAGACGAGACCCCAAGUCCUGUGAAUUCUCGAGCUUCCCCCCCAACUGGAUCCCGAGGACCUACACCACGCCCACACUCUCCUACCCUCCCCCGCGGUCCACCCGAUCCAACACCCCCUCGCCUUGACGUCAAGGCCAUUGAAGAAGGGUAUCACACCCUCAUUAACGAAAUAACCGACCUUUCUGCCCUCCCUUCGACACUCAAACCCAUGCGUGUCUCCCUGGACGACCCUUUUUUCGCCUUUUUUUCUUCCUCGAUGGCGUUUCCAACAAAGAAUUCCAACGCUCCUCUUUUGGCUUAUUUGAACUACCAGUUCGACAAGAAUUUCCCGCGACCACAAUUCCGGGAGAUGUUCCCACGUGGUGAGCGGGCGUACACCUUUGUCACACAAUUUUUCAAUAUGGCUCGACUUCACGAGGAUUGGACCCCCGUGGACACUAUGGGCAUUAUGUCCCGAAUCCAGGCCAUCAGAGACAAUCUGAAGCGGGCCGUCAUUCGAGAUCCUCCUGUCGCGCCCCUUCCCAAGCCACCUCUUGCCUCUCCCACCACCUCAGCCCCCGAGGACACUGCCAAGCACACUGCUUUGUUUCACGACAAUUCCACCAAUCACCCUGACAACGACAUGGACUUGGACGGUGAUCCUGUGGUUCAGGAUGAUCAUACCCUGGCCACAGGGGGCGAGAGUUUGUCUGAUGCCAGCAUUGGACCUGAUCCACCCCUUCCUGCCGACCAGGAAGAACUCGUAGCUGCUAUUGAAAAAGCUGGCAAGCUACCUUCAAAUAUUCCCUUGGGCCAUCCCGAGGAUGUGUUGGCUAGGUACUUCAGUGGCACAUUCUUCUUGCCUGAAGAUGUGGAGCCUGACGAUGCUUGGCCAUAUCUCGACGGCGAGCUCAACGUGAAGAUUGGGAAGGACACCUUUGACACUCUACUGAGGGUUGGCCCACACGGCAUCGAUGGCCUAAUACGUGGGUGGUUGGUCAGGUCCCACCGAAACCCUGCUUGGAAUGUUACCUUUGAUUGGGGUACCAAUGUCAAGCUCGGCGGAAUCAAGGAGUACAUGGCCAAAAAGGUAAAGGUAAUCAUGCCGAACAACCAUGCUCCUCCUGCGACUCAAUCAGUCACCACCCAGCUUACACCCUCCGCCUCUAACUCUGCUGGUCCAUCUGACCUCGAUGUCACUGAAGACUCCACAGACGCCACAACUGCGAGCACCUCUUUGCCGCUUGAUGCACCGCCAACUUUUCCUGAGGCCGAUCCUUCUCACUCUCAAGCUCAAGCUGACUCUCCUGCCACUCAACCAAGACCUCUCCAGUCUACAGCCGAACGUGAAGACACCAAUCUUUUAGAUGAAUUCUUGAAUUUCAUGGAUUCCCCCAAUGCCCAACCAAACUCGCCUCGACGCGACUCGUCUGCUCCGUCUGCGCUACCGGUGCAAGCAACUACCUUAGGUUCUGCUCUCCCACCCCCAAACCCUCCUACGGCGGAUCCAAGACUGCCAGCAUCUCUCUCUCCUGACCAGUCUAUGACGAUGGACCCUCGACUCGAAACUUUGACAGCUCUGCCUGCCCAGCCCCAAGCCUCUACCGGCACUGAGACUAUGGAAAUUACCACCAGCACUCACUCACAGUCAGUUUCUGGCGUUGAGAAAUCAGCUUCUCACCCACCUAGACCAGGCCAGACUCUAGGCUCACUUCCUAUCAAUCCGGAUGUACGCAUUGUUGGACCCGUCGAGAAAGAGCCCACCACCACCAUUUGGAAAGUAUCCGAUGCCUCGGGGGUCAUGGCUCAAUCUGUGAGAUUGGGAAAGAUUGUCAAUGAAGACGUGCCUUCCAUCUUCACUGCGGUUCUCAGGCUCCUUGCUCUUCGGCGUCGAUCUUCUGGAAAGUCCAUUGUUACUGCGGAGACCCCAGUGGAUGUGAAUUUCAAGGUCGAGCCCGAUUUGAACGCUGUCGAGUGGCUUUCGCACAAAUCAAACAAAGCAGUCUUGCUCCCCUCCGAUUCCCUGGCCCAUUGCCCAGAGAUUUUCGACUUGACCAUGGCCAUCCCUGGAUUCAAAACUCCUCACCAAGAAGAAAAAAAGAGUUCGAUGAUCAGAGGGAUGUUGACACAGUUUGUCAAACCCACUCCUCACAACCUUGAUCUCGCGCUCAAGUCCGUCCUUGCCGCCGUUGCCUAUGCCAACAUGGAUUCUUCGGCCCUCAUCACCACGACCAAUACUUCCGAUCUCGUCUUUCCAAGUAAAACCAUCAAGAACGGCUUACAAGCAGCGGUUCACUUCCACAAAUUGCAAGCCAAGGCUCCCGAGGAAGUGAUGAUUGCUUGCGUCAAGACUCUGUGGGAAUUGCAAAACCAAAUUUAUGGUAUGGUUGAAGCUAUUGCAAGCAUUCGCGCUCGAAUUCGCCACAAUCAACAUGUCCUUACACUCCCUGUCGGUGAUCGAGAAAGACUCAAUGCAGAGUACGACGCCCUUAUCAAACACCUUGGUACCGGAAGCCUCCCAGCUAAGACCCUUGGCCCUCUCGUGGGCUUCCUUGUCGGCGGGUUCAGAGGACUACUAGUCUUUUCUAAAAAUGAAGGCAAGUUUGGUCCGGUCAAAGUCAGUUACUGUGCGGUGGUAAUCAAUGACCUUCAAGAAGACGGCCCUGUGGAAGAAUCCAUAUGGAAGCACACCCAGUGCUUCAUCAUGGACUUGAUCGAAUCCAGCCUGUUUCCUCAAGGUUUUGAGAGUGCACUUGGUGAUCCUGACAAUGUGGUAAAUGAGGAUCAAUGGCAGCAUGCCAACUGUAACAAGAUGCAGCUAGCCAAGUGCAUUCAGAUGGAUCUUGGCAAUUUCUUCAAGAGCCACGCCCUCCUCCAGGCUGAUGUGCCCUAUAAGCUUCCGGAGUUUAAACUACCUACUACCACUGUCAAUAAGCCUCUCCCACAAAAAAAGAAAAAGAAAACCCAAGCCGCAAUCCAAAACUGAAGUGGUUUUCCUAUUCAAUUUUUUUUAUUUGUCUUUCAAUACUUUUUAUUUCAACUCUUGUUAGUUUUGUAGCCCUACUUGAGCUGGACUUUUUGAUGGAACAGUUGUUGAAACUUUCUUCUUCACUGCUUACUAUGUAAUUCAUUCUACAAACUCUUGUGCUUGCUUACUGUGUGAUUCCUUAUGCAAAUGGAUCUUCACAUGUAAGUCAUACUGUAGCUUGGGAAAACUGUAAAUUCUUGUCUAUAAACACAAGACUCAGUACCAUGAUUGGUUGACUUUCAG